CCCGAAGGCGGGGGAAGAGGAAGACACAAUUCUCGCCGACGCGCCAGUCUACCGUUCCUCCUUCCUUCCUUCCUUCUUUCUUUUGGGAUAUCUUCGCUCCUAGCAAGAUCUCUCUCUGCCUCGUUUCCCCGAUUCCGUUCUUCUUGGAUCGGAAUCACUUCCAUCAUUCCGAUCUCCCUUUCCGAUCCCUCAUUCGCUUGAUCCAGAUCUGUCUCCACCGACGCACCGGCGUCACCAAUUUGUGUUCGUCGAUGUUCAAUUCCAUGGCCUUGAUUGUAUGUUUCCCGAUGCUUGCUUGGAAUUUGCUCUGGCUUUUUAAUUGCCUGAUUCGCGAGAUGCGAUUUGUUGUUCCUUCUGCUUGUAAAUUAGGACGCUGCUGUGAACAAUGAAAAAGAGGAAUCGAAUGAAUCAGCAUACAACAGUCUUGGCCGGCGUGGCAUGAUUGGAGGAAGUGACAUCGACAUUAGUUCUGUUAGUUUGGGUGUUUCUUUGGAUACGGGUCUUGGAGUUUUUGAUGCAUUCUUCGCCAGCUUCUCGAUGAUCCUCGUUAGUGAGAUUGGAGAUGAGACUUUUAUCAUAGCAGCUCUCAUGGCAAUGCGCCACCCAAAGUCAACAGUUCUAUCUGGGGCGCUUUCAGCAUUGUUUGUUAUGACAGUACUUUCUACUGGACUUGGAAGGAUUGUGCCAAACUUGAUAUCAAGGAAGCAUACCAAUAGUGCAGCUACAGUUCUGUAUCUAUUCUUUGGAUUGCGGUUGCUUUACAUUGCCUGGAGAUCCGAUUCAAAAUCAUCACAGAAGAAAGAAAUGGAAGAAGUAGAAGAAAAACUUGAAUCCGGGCAAGGCAAAACGAGCUUCCGCCGCUUCUUCUCUAGAUUCUGCACACCUAUAUUUCUGGAGGCAUUCAUAUUGACCUUCCUAGCCGAGUGGGGUGACCGUAGCCAGAUUGCAACAAUUGCUUUGGCCACACACAAGAAUGCAGUCGGCGUUGCAGUUGGUGCCACAAUAGGCCACACCAUCUGCACAUCGGUGGCAGUUAUAGGAGGGAGUAUGCUGGCUUCCAAGAUCUCGCAGAAGACGGUUGCCACCAUUGGAGGGCUGCUCUUCCUGGGUUUCUCCUUGUCCUCUUAUUUCUACCCACCUCUAUAACUAACUGUAUGCUAAUCCUCGAUUCUUUUUGUCUCGCCAAGAGCAGCACAGCAGCAUCUUUCACUUGCAGUUUUCCUCUGCUCUAGUUUCCUUGUCCUUACCACUUCAAGUGACUUGUAAUCCUAAUUCUUAUUUUUUGUAUAAUUAGCAUAUAUCUUACAUGAGUGUUGUAGCUGGUUUUACUUGCGUUAUGUAAAAUCCAUGUCAGUCGCAGUAAAUCUUGGUCGGCCGAAAAACUGCAACGUUUUCCAAAAUUCUGCAAUAUUGAACCGACCAGAACGAGAAAGCAAAUCCCACAGCUGAUGUCGGCGUGUGUUAGAUAACAGA